CUCCCCCCACCCCAACCUCUCUCUUCCUUUUCUUUAUUUCUCUCUCUAUAAUUAUAUACUAUAUAUAAGAUUAAGUAAUUAUAAAAUCUUCAGCUCAUUAACUACACCCUUGUGAUCUGUGCUCCCUCACACUGGAGAAGAGGGCUGCUGCUUUAAUCCAGACAGCUCCAACUAUAUAUUUACAGGUACCAGCAGUAUCUGCAGAGCCUUCUAUAGAGAGAGAAGCAAGAAAAUAUUCUCAAAGUUUGCGUUUUGAAGGAGACCCAUAUGAGAUUUUGAUACGAAGGCAAGUGGGUAUCAAGGAAAUUGGUUUUUAAGCAUUAAAAGUUUGUUUCUUGCUGUGUUUGAUCAUAGAAAGAGCCCAUUUUUAUUGAGAAAAUGGGGAGUUUUGGGAGGAAUGGUUCAGUGAGGCAAUACAAUAGAUCAAAAGUUCCAAGGCUGAGAUGGACCCCUGAGCUCCAUCGUCUCUUUGUUCAUGCCAUUGAUACUCUUGGCGGCCAAGAUAAAGCUACACCAAAGCUUGUUCUUCAGUUGAUGAACAUUAAAGGACUCACUAUUUCUCAUGUCAAGAGCCAUCUUCAGAUGUAUAGAAGCAUGAGGAAUGACAUUAGCAGGCAAGUUUCUUAUCUCUCCUCAGAUUUGCAUCCCACACAUGAUGAUGUUGGUUUCUUCCCUUGUUCAAACCUCAAUCCUCUCCCUACUCUCAAAAGCCAAGGAAUCUAUCAAGCAGUCACCCUGCAGUACAAGUAUUAUGAUUACAUGCAAGCAAUGGCAAUGGAGAAAGGAGAUGAUCAUCUUUUUAACUUUAUAGAAGAAUCUAACUCUUUCAAGGAAAAUGGAUGUCAGCUGAAAGCGGACGAUGACUCUUCACCGUCUCUGUCCUUGUCACUGAAUCUCAAUCAAGGGAGUAAUUAUGCAUCUUCAGCCAGUGAGAGCAGCUGCAUUGUCUCUUCUUCAUCAUCUCCAAGCUCUAGAAAAUGCUCAGGCUUCUCCAGUGGCUGCAGUAUUAAUUUGGAUCUCUCCAUGUCCAUCUUUGGGUCUUAGUAUCUAGAUUGAGAGAAUUGUAAAGUUUUUUGGCUCUGAUUUUUCUUUCAAGUUUUAACUUCACUGAGGCUAGUUAGUAGCCAUAGCCCUUUUUUUCUUUUUUCUUUUUUAAUAUUAUCUAUGGAGAGCUAAUGAGAAAUUCUGACUAAUUAACUUCCCAUGUUGUAGAUUUUUAGCCCAUGUCCUUCUUCUGUCUUGUAAAGAUUGUACGGGUAGAGCUUUAGCAUUGAAGAAUUUAUUUGGAGCCAUUUAUUUC